AUGUCAACUAAAAAGCGAGCAUCAUCCCCACAAAAAAAUGAAGAAUUGGAUAAACUACUCCAGCAGCGAGAAACUGUAGUGGCCAGUAUCUUGCGUAUUAAAAAAGUAAUUUCUGAAAAAACUGUUGAUUUAAACCCUGUAGAACUGGAAUGUAGGUUGGACAUUCUCAAUUCAUACAUUAAACAGGCCAUGACUUGCCAACAAAAAAUAGAGUGUAUCAACGAGUUUGAUGUAUUUCGGCCAGAUCUAGAAGAAAUCUGCGUUGCUUCGAAAUCAUUGUUUCUACAGGCGUUAGGUAAAAACCGCAAGUCUAGUAUUCCUGAUACUUCGCAUGAAUGCAGCAAUCAUCGUUCCAGGCUGCCAAGUAUGCGUUUACCUAAAUUUAGUGGGAAACAUUCUGAGUACAAAAACUUCAUAAGCCUUUUUGAAAGCUUAGUGCACAAUGAUCAGUCGCUAAGUGAUAUUGAAAAAUUCAAUCAUCUCAUUUCGUGUUUGUCUGACGAAGCUCUUGGUACAGUUAAGGCAUUUCAACUCACUGAAACUAAUUACUCAAAGGCAUUAGCUAGUUUAAAAAGAGUUUACGAUAACACUUGUCUAAUCUUUUUCGAUAGUAUCUCGCAGCUUUUUGAACUGCCAGAAAUGAACAAGCCAUCUGCUUCUGCAUUACGCAAUAUCAUAGAUACUGUUUCUGCCAUAUAUGAGUCCCUAUUGUCAAUAGGAGAUGAUAAGAACAUUUCAAAUGCGAUUCUUAUUCAUUUAGGCAUGUCAAGAGUCGAUGCCGCCACGAAAUCUAAAUGGGAGGAGCAAUUAGAUUACAAUAAGCUGCCGCUCUGGUCUGAUUGCGAGACUGCAUUAAAUAAGCGAUACCAACACAUUUCUGCUGACGAAGCUUCUACGUCAAGGUCUCGAUCGAACAGGCCAAAACAAGACAACUGGCAAGGUAAGAAUGUAAAAUCGUCACUUAUGUGCAAGAAAAAUAGUUCGCAAGAGGAAAGUAGAUGUUUGUUCUGUAAUGCGAAGGAACAUGUAAUAAAUUCAUGCUCCGCCUUUGCUGCCCUCUCAGUUACUGAACGGUUCAAUUUCAUUAAAUCAUCUUCGGCAUGCAUAAAUUGUCUCAAGAAAGGGCACACGGUAUCUAGAUGCAAGGCGUCACGCUGCAGAGUGUGUAAUCGGUCGCACCAUACUCUUUUACACCAAUAUUCUACUAACACUCCUCAAACAGGUUUAUCUUAUAAUCCAGAACAACCUAUUAUUUCUCGUGCCUCUGUGAAUCAUAGCUCAUCGAAUGACGAUCAAAUUAUUCUAGCCACUGCAGUCAUAACCAUUCAAGGAAAAUCUGGAGAGUAUCAGCUGGCCAGAGCACUGCUCGAUUCCGGUUCUCAAGUCAACCUUAUAACCGAGGAACUUGCACAACGACUGCAACUAAAAAAAGAAGCGAAAACUCUAAACCUAAUUGGCAUUGGUGAAACAAACUCCACAGUACGGCAAAAAUUACAUGCCACUGUGAGAUCACGUAUUAACUCUUAUGAGUUUUCUACUGAUUUUUGGGUAAUACCUUCAAUCUCCACUUACCAACCCGACAAAUUUGUGUCAAUGAGUAAUUGGAAUGUUCCUUCCAAUCUUUCACUUGCUGAUCCGCACUUUCACAAACCUCAAAAGAUAGAUCUUCUACUUGGUGCCGAAAGCUUUUUCGAACUGUUGUCGAUUGGACAAAUAAAACAAGGUACUAAUCUUCCAAUUCUCCAAAAAACUUUACUUGGAUGGAUUGUAUCAGGAAAAUAUAAAGAUGUCCCAAGUAAUGCAUCUAAGAUAUGCAAUUUAAUACGCCUUCAAGAAGCAGAGUCAACAGGUGAUUUCUGCUUAAACUCUCUUGUGAAAAAAUUCUGGGAAUUGGAAGAAAUUUCCAAGGAGCUCACUGUCAAAAAAUACACAAUAGAACAACAACACUGUGAGACCAAGUUUCUCAACACAAUUUUACGCUUACCUUCAGGGAGGCUUAAGGUGCAGCUUCCUUUCAAGUCCAACCCCAACCUUCUAGGUCAGUCAUAUGAAACAGCAAAAAAUCGUUUUCUCUCACUGGAACGCAGGUUGUCGAAAGACUGUAUGCUUCAGAAGCUGUAUAUGGAGUUUAUGGCAGAGUAUCGUGACUUAGGUCACAUGACAUUAACUACUGACAACUUUUCUUCGACACCUCAUUACUAUAUACCGCAUCAGUGUGUGUUGAGACCUCAGAGUACCUCGACAAAACUUCACGUCGUGUUCGAUGCUUCAUGCCGAACAUCUUCACAAGUGUCGUUGAACGACAUUCUAAUGGUUGGUCCAACGGUACAAGAAGAAUUGUAUUCAAUCCUACUUCGCUUUCGUAUGCACAAAUACGCGAUGACUGCUGACAUUACAAAAAUGUACCGUCAAAUCGAAGUUGACGAGGCAGAUCGCAAUUUUUAG